AUGUUCUCCAAAACAUCUAUCAUCCUCUGCCUCUGCUUCUGGCUUGCCUUCGCCUCGGCCGCCGUCAACCUCGCCCAGAUCGUCGCCAGCAAUGAGAAUCUCGAGGAGCAGGCUACCAACGCCGACACCGACGUCAAUGAUCUCACCGCUCUGAACGGACUGGACUAUGCUCCCAAAGCCACUCAAGACCUUGCAGGGAUCAACUCAGCUCUUUCGGACCUCGUCAUCAAUGCCGGACAAGUGACGCCCACAGGGGACGGCGGCGACGAAAGUAGCGUGACCAGCUCCUUCGCCAGUUUCUCCAACGCCUUGACCAAACUCAUGAACGACCUGAUCUCCAAAGAGGAGAUGCUCGCCAUGUUCGACCAAAAGACGACGAUGUAUGGAAAUCUGACCUUCCUCGAAGACAACUACAACGCAAGUCUUCCCUGCCUCCAUGACUCGCCAUAUCGCUCCGUGGGCUAA